AUGGAAGCGACGGUGCUCGUCCUCUCCGGGCUCCUCGUGCUCCUCGCCGGGCAGCGGGCCUGCGCGGCGCCCGGCGCCGGGUUCAGCGUGGAGUUCAUCCACCGCGACUCGCCGAGGUCGCCGUUCCACGACCCGGCGCUGUCCCCGCACGGCCGGGUGCUCGCGGCCGCGCGCCGCUCGCUCCACGGCCAGGUGCCCGGGGGCUCGGCGCCCGCGCCCGCGGCCGACAGCGGCGGCGUCGAGUCCAAGAUCAUCUCCCGUUCGUUCGAGUACCUGAUGGCGGUGAACGUCGGCACGCCGCCGACGCAGAUGCUCGCGAUCGCCGACACCGGCAGCGACCUCGUGUGGGUCGACUGCAGGAACGGCAGCGGCGCGCCCGCCGCCGCGGGAGGCGUCGUGUUCGAGCCGUCGAGCUCGUCGACGUACAACGUCGUGGGGUGCCAGUCCGACGCGUGCCAGGGGCUGAACCAGGCCUCCUGCGACGCCGACUCCAACUGCCAGUACCAGUACGCGUACGGCGACGGGUCCCGCACGGUCGGGGUCCUGUCCACCGAGACGUUCAGCUUCGCCGACGGCGGCGGCGGCAGCAGCGCGCCCCAGGUGCGCGUUCCCCACGUCGACUUCGGGUGCUCGACGUACAUGGCCGGCAAUUUCCGCGCGGACGGGCUCGUCGGGCUCGGCGGCGGCGCCUUCUCCCUCGUGUCGCAGCUCGGGUCCGCGACGCCGUUCGGGCGCAGGUUCUCCUACUGCCUGAUGCCGUCCUACGCCGCCAACUCGUCGUCCACGCUCAACUUCGGGUCCCGGGCCGUCGUGUCGGAGCCCGGCGCGGCGACGACGCCGCUGGUGCCCGGGGAGGUGGCCGCGUACUACACCGUGGCCCUCGAGUCCGUCGCUGUCGGCGGGCGGACGGUCGCGUCCCGCAGCUCCGCCAUCAUCGUGGACUCCGGCACGACGCUGACGUUCCUGGACCCCGCGCUGCUGCGGCCGCUAGUGGCGGAGCUGGGGCGGCGGAUCAACCUGACCCGGGCGCAGCCGCCGGAGCAGCUGCUGGAGGUGUGCUACGACGUGAGCGGGAGGGCGCAGGAGGAGUGGGGGGUCCCCGACGUGGCGCUGCGGUUCGGUGGCGGCGGCGGGGACGUGACGCUCCGGCCGGAGAACACGUUCGUGCUGGUGCAGGAGGGGACGCUGUGCCUGGCGCUGGUGCCAGUGUCCGAGUCGCAGCCGGUGGCGAUCCUGGGGAACGUCGCGCAGCAGAACUUCCACGUCGGGUACGACCUCGACGCGCGCACCGUCACCUUCGCCCCCGCCGACUGCGCCCGCUCGUCGCCGUCGGCCUCCAGCUGA